GGGCGUCAAGGUUCGCUCCUGCCGCCUUGUCCUUGCCCCAGCGGCCCAGCCCAGCCUGGCCCAGCCAGACGCAGUCAGUCCUAAUAUUCCCGACUCGCCUUCUCGUUCUCCGUCGCCCGUGUCGGCCGUGCAUGAACGGCCGAGCGACGGCCUGCUGAUGCCUGAAUUUUGACGCGCCGCCUCCGCCAUUCCCUAGCUACCUAGGUAAGGUAAGUACAGUACGUGCUUUUCCUUUUGCAAAGUUGAAUAUGCGCGUCGGGCGAUCACCCACCGUCAUCGGCAAUACGUACCUAAUAAUAAGGUGGUAGUACUUCAUCAAGCAAGUGCAGCCAAGCCCACAUCUCCCUACCAAUCACUGCCAUUACCAACAAAACCAUAACCACCACCAUCCACCGCCCACCCCCCCCGGGGGCCCGGCAGCGGAAACUGCCAGAUCCCCCCACCCGCCCCCCUUCCAAGUGCCAGCCAGCCAGCCAGGCAUGCCAGGCUGCCUGGGCUUGCUGGCUUGCUUGCUUGCUUGCUUCAACCUCAGCUUUUCAACUAUUACUAUUCGCCAGCUCCCGGCCCAGCCUGCUGGCUCGAUCCCCUCUUCCUCCUAACCCGCGGUUCCCACCUCAUGAGUGUCUCUCUGGCCUUGAGUCCCCUUUGACCCUCUUCCAUCUUCGCAACUACCGGCCGCUAUCCAACGACGGCCAACGGGCUCCCGACUUAUUAGGCUUCCUCUGCUGCGCUCUCGGAUCGGACUGGAAGACAGUCCCCCGGCUCCCAAGGUGGUGGCGGCCGUCCCGAGAUAAGGGAACGUCUCCCGUGGGGCGCUGACUCCGCAAGCCACAUUGCCCCAGUCCGCUCCAGAGAUGUGCAGCCUGCGAUAGCGGCUCCAGCGCUCACUCAGCUCUCCCGCUCCAGCAUCAUCCACCAGCAGCGCCCUCAAUCGGCUGACCACUUCCGCCCACGAACCGCCGCUCUCCUGCCUACCGCCGUCUCCGUCACCCUGUCUCGCGCCCCGGGCACUGAACCGCCGGCCUUGACUUGCGUCCCGGUCGCACUCUCUGCAUAUCUGCAGACACAGACGCCUUGCUAGACUUUUCCCGACGCUCGACUCUCCGGCAAGCAGAUCGCCCGCCACCUGAUGAGACCUGUCUGCUGCAGCCCGUGUCCCCACGCUUGUGCUGCGACAUUUCAUCUUGAGUGGGCCGGUCCCUGGAACGCAUUCACGGGUCACCGGCAGCUACCCACCAGACUUGUUUCCCGACACUGACGUCGCGCUCGCUUCCGACCACGCUUGAGCCCUCGAGCAGCCCUUUUUUUCAUAGAGUGCGGGCGUCGCCCCCUGCUGUGCAGCCAUGGCCGGCACGGGCCCUCGAGCCAUGUCGCAACAUGAACUCCUAGAGGCUCGCCAUGCUCCUGCGGAUGCAUCGGCUAUGACCAUGACCGCUGCCACCUCGUCCACCGGCACCAAGAAGAAACCUCGUCGAGCGCCUGAGGCAUCGGCCAGCCAGAAGAGACGAUGCAUCAGUACUGCUUGCAUUGCAUGUCGCAAACGCAAGUCCAAGUGCGACGGCGCCAUCCCAAGCUGCGCAGCCUGCGCCAGCGUCUAUGGCACCGAGUGCAUCUACGACCCCAACUCGGACCACCGCCGCAAGGGCGUCUACCGUGAGAAGGUCGACAGCAUGAAGGCUCGCAACUCGACCUUGCAGAUCCUCGUCGAAGCCAUCCUGAACGCCUCCGAGGACGAUGUCCCGGCCAUAGUCCGGCGGAUCCGGGCUUGCGAUUCCCUCGACAAUGUCGCCCAGCAGAUCGCAAAUUCGGCUCCGGAUAGCGGUGUCGCGACCCCUGAACAGACUGAUGAGGAAUACUCCCUCGGUGCCAUGCCUGUUGAGGGCGAGAAGGAGUUAGCCCGCAAGAUGGGCGAGCUCCGACUCGAAAACGGGUGCGUCCGCUUCAUAGGUGGCACUUCCCAUCUCAUCUACCACGGCGAACCCGCAGAUACGCCUGAUGCAGAAUGCCAGCCUGAACAGUACCCCGCGAGCGACAAUCCCAUCGCCUCUUGGACUCGUGUCACGGCAGACACGACGCUCAUCACUCACCUCAUCAACAUGUACUUCCAUUACCACUACGCCUACUUCACCACCUUAUCCAAGAAGCUCUUCUGGCGCGAUUUCGCCAAGGGCAGAGAGGGCUUAGAGAGCGGCCCGACGCCCCAUUGCUCCCCGCUGUUGGUCAACGCGAUGCUUGCACUGGGCUGUCACUUCACGGAUGUUCCCGGCGCUUACGCCACUCCCGGCGACAGCAGGACCAAGGGAGAUCAUUUCUUUGCCGAGGCCAAGCGGCUCAUUCUGGUCAAUGACGAGUUCGCACGGCCUCGCUUGGUAACUGUUCAAGCUCUGGCGCUCAUGUCCGUCAGAGAAGCUGGAUGCGCCCGAGAAUCCAAGGGUUGGGUUUACAGCGGCAUGAGCUUCCGAAUGGCUCAGGAUCUGGGUUUGAACCUGGACGUCGCUGGCACCACGAAGAGUCGCAUGAGCGACGAAGAGAUUGAUGCCAGGAAAAUGACGUACUGGGGCUGUUUUGUUUUCGACAAAUGCUGGUCCAAUUACAUGGGCAGACUACCUCAGCUACCUCGGAACGGCUCCAACGUGGCCAAGUUUGACGUUUUUCCGGAGGAAGAUGCUGCGAUGUGGUCGCCUCUCACAGACAAGGGCUACGAAGAGACCUACGAGCAGCCAUGGAGGACUCGGGCCGUCGCACUGCAGCUGUCCAACUUAUCCGAAAUCAGCAGUGAACUUUUGAUAUUCUUCUAUCAUCCCAACCACAUUGGAAGGUCCCGAGGCAAGUCCGCAGAGCUCAAGAAGCUCAGCGAACUUCAUCAGCGUCUGGAGGAGUGGCGCAAGCAGCUGCCCAACGAGUUCGAACCGAAGGAGGGCCAGUUGCCCAACGUGAUCCUCAUGCACAUGUUCUUCCAUCUACAGUACAUCCAUCUUUUUCGGCCGUUCUUGAAGUAUUCUCCGUCCGCCUCGCCACUACCAGCCCAUGUUUCGCCCCGUAGGAUAUGCACAGCCAAUGCCGGGGCCAUCUCAAAACUCAUGAGACUAUACAAGAAGACCUACAAUCUACGGCAAAUCUGCAACAUUGCCGUAUACAUGACACACAGUGCCUGCACAAUCCACCUCCUCAACCUCCCCGAAAAGAGUGCUCGGCGUGAUAUCACUCACGGCGUCAGGCAUUUGGAAGAAAUCGCCGAGGACUGGCUUUGCGCCCGGCGGACACUGAGCAUUCUCAGCGUGUUGGCGAGAAAGUGGAAUUGCGAGCUCCCCGAUGAUGCUGCAUUUGUCCUCAAACGCACGGACGAGAAGUAUGGCUUCUUCAACACCUCGGACGUCCCUUCUCCGGCUUCCAGCCCCCACACAUCUCCCCUUCUAUCCGACGACGCAUCGAUUGCCACGUCGCAGAGAGACUACAGUCCCAUCAGCCAGUACGCCCAGGCACACAUGAAUCCUUUCACGCUACCCUCCACCUCUAUCGACGCUAUGAUGUCCCCUCUGGACGCGGUUGGGGGCGCCCCAGCGAUGCCCCAGCCGCAAAGGCCACAUGGCGUGACUUUCGAUUCGGAACGGUUGGAACUCAACCCUGACCUUCUCGAGGGAUGGAGCCGUCAAGCUACGAGUGCCCCGGAGUCUGAUUUUGGCUCGUCCUUUGCAAGAAUGCCCGCCAAUGGAGCUGGCAUGAUGGAAAAUACUGGUGCCGAGUCUGCCGGUCGACAAGCCCCGUCGGGCCAGGGUCCUGUCAUGAAUAGUCAACGCUGGAUCAUCAACGACAGCGCCAGAUGGCACCAGAACUUCGACGGUUGGGACCUGGUUGGUGGCAUUCCGAACAACUCUGUGUUCAUGUUCGGCGACCAAGACCGAGGCGGCAGCAUCCAGAACCCUUCAGAGCCGAGUGACCAAGCCCGUGCUGACUUUGAGGGCCUCGCAGCGUCCUUGAGCGGCGGCGGCUGGUUACCAGGUCUGGACUAGGGGGCAGGCUUGUGCGCUUGCACCUGUCGUACUUUAUAAAGUGUACUAUAUGCAACGCGAGGUUUGAUUUUGUUGUUUUUGGAUUCGCUUGUACGGUACGGCGUUUGGUCGUGGGCGUACAUAAAAAAUCAUGAUGGUCGGCGUUCGUUCUUGUCCUGAAACAUGGUCGAUUCUGACCGGAAGGGAGCAUUGCUGAACGAUAUGAUGACGGGUGGCUGGAUGGAUGCAUAGGCGCUCUUCGGAUGCUCGGGCAAUAACAAGCAUAGACGGUGAAGAAAUGAUGAGACCCGCGUUUGCGAUUCUCCCCUAGAUUUUUUACAUCCUAUCGGUGUGUCCAAGUUUGAGUGGCAGAUGCGGCGCACACAGCCAGGUCUGAUUGACUCUUUCGUGGAAAUGCGUCUCGGAACCUCUGUUUCCUUGCGGUCGUGGAACGAGCCCAUCCCUUCUAUUUUUUCAAACGCAGUCCCGAGCAUUGGUGCUACACAAGAUCAGCCUCGUAGCAAAAGACGUUCACACAGAAGAGUAAACAAAGCAAGGACGAUAGCACCGCCAGCGCAGACAAAGG